AUGAACAUGAGAGUACACAAGCAGAGGGAACCCCUGCACGUGCUGCGACUGACGAGAAUAGCGGCUAGCAGCAGCUCAUCGUACUCAGGCAGCGAUGGGCUGUCCAUGCUGGCGAAGCUGCUCGACGCUAAGGGCGUGGCCCUCCACCGGGCGGACCUCGCUGCUGCUGCUGCCAGCUCCAUCCCCACAGGGCCUUCAGGUGGAAUUUCAGGUGGUGCAGGAGGGGGCUCUGUUGGUUCAGGUGGCGGUUCAGGGUCGGGCGGGAGUGCAGGGAGUGGUGGGGCGCUGGUGCUCCCAAACUUCACCAUGAACCUGCCGCUGCUGGAGGUACUGGAGGUGGAGAACAACCGCCUGAGCGCACUGCCAGGAGAGAUUGGGCAGCUGCAGCAGCUGAGGGUGCUGCGCGCUGAUAACAACCUGCUCACCACCGUGCCCAUCACACUGCGGGAGUGCACCAACCUGAGAGAGCUGUCCCUCGAGAACAACCGCCUUGUGCGUCCCCUCCUCGACUUCAGGUGCCUGGCGGACCUGAGGGUGUUGCGCCUCUUCAACAACCCCCUCGAGUUCUUCCCCGAGAUCCUCCCCUGCCGCCACCUGCGCCUGCUCUCCCUCGCCAACGUGCGCAUCGUCAGCGACCCCGACCUCAAGAUCGUUGAUGUCAGCAUCGUGCAACUGGAGGCACAACAGGGCUCCUACUUCUCGGCGUCCAAGCACUGCCUGAGCGACUUCUUUGCCCUCAUCUUCCGCUACUCGUCCGUGCACCACCCGCUGCUGGCGUCCGCCCUGGCGCGCAUCUGUGAGGACCGUGAGAACCGCGCGGCCAUUGGCAAGGAUGAGAGCGCGAUUAGACAGAUCGUGAGCAUGGUGCUCGCAGACUCCAAGCACGUGACAGAUCGUGAGCUUGGUGCUGGCGGACUCCAAGCUUUAGUCUCUCACCUGGUGAAAUCCGACGUCCUCGCACCCAUCUGCUCGCUGCUGCUAUCCCAGCAGCCCUGUCAAACCCCAACCCCCCGUUCCCUCUUCCCCUUCCACCACCCACAUCAGGUGGAGCAGGCGUGCCAUGCACUCUCCUCCCUGGCAAUGGACGACGCGCUUGUGACCCACUUAGUGAAGUCGGAUGUGCUGGCGGCCAUCUGCUCGCUGCUGCUCUCCCAGCAGCCGGAGAUCCUCGUGUCUGUGCUGCGCGUCAUUGCCAACCUCGCCCUCGCCUCCGACUCCGUCGCUGCCCGUAUACUGAACGUGGACUCGGCUGCCAUUCUCACCAGCCUAUGCCACCACACGCACAUGAUGGUACGCGUGCAUGACAUGAUGGUAUGGGAGCUGCAUGGGAAGCGCCAUAUGCCAUAUGACCCUAUGUUUGUCGCAUCUCUCUCCUCACCCACUCCCAUCUCCACGUUUCAGGGAGAACCGGCUGGUGCAGGAGGCGCUGUGCGCUCGGCCGGUGGGGCAGAGGGGCGUGCGCAUACUGGUGAUGGAUGGGGGGGUGAAAAUAGGCUGGUGCAGGAGGCUCUGUGCGCGAGGCCAGUGGGGCAGAGGGGCGUGCGCAUACUGGUGAUGGACGGGGGGGGCAUGCGCGGCAUGGCCAUGGUGCAGAUGCUGCGGCAGAUCGAGGGGCGCACAGGCAGGCGCGUGCACGAGCUGUUUGACCUUGUGUGUGGCACGUCCACUGGCGGCAUGCUGGCAGCCGAGCUGGGGAUCAAGCGCCUCACACUCGAUCAGUGCGACGAUGUGUACAGGCGAUUGGGCAAGCUGGUGUUUUCGAACGUGGAGGCGAUGGAGUCGGCAUCUUGGCGGGACAAGCUGGACCAGCUGUACAAGAGCUCGUCUCAGAACUACCGCGUGGUGGUGCAUGGCAGCAAGCACAACGCGGAGCAGUUUGAGCAGCUGCUACAGGAGAUGUGCACGGAUGACGAUGGGGACCUGCUCAUAGACUCCGCAGUAAAGGGCGGGCCCAAGGUCUUUGUCGUCUCCACGCUCGUUAGUGUCACACCCGCCACGCCAUUCGUCUUCCGCAACUACCAGUACCCCCCAGGGACUCGAGAAACCCCCCAUCCCCCUUCCGACGGCUCUCCCAUGCCCACGCCGCCCCCCCGCAUGCGCACGUCGGGCCUAUCCGCGCUGCUAGGCACGUGCAAGAUGCAGCUCUGGCAAGCCAUCCGAGCCUCCUCCGCAGCUCCGUACUACUUCGACGACUUCGCCGUUGGCCCCCACCGCUGGCAAGACGGGGCUAUUUUCGCAAAUAACCCCACCAUUGUGGCCGUUAGAGAGGCCCGGCUGCUCUGGCCGGACCUGCCGCUGGACUGCGUCGUCAGCCUCGGGUGCGGCUCUGCGCCGCCGAAGCUGCGCGGGAGGCCCGGGUGGAGGGUGGCGGAUACGGGGCAGGUGCUGGCCGAGGCUGCCACGUCGGUGGAGCAGGCGGAUCUGGCGUUUGAAUCGGUCAUGCCCAUGCUGCCCGAUGUCAAAUACUAUCGCUUCAACCCAGUGGACGAGCGGUGUGGCAUGGACCUAGAUGAGACCGACCCAGCGGAAUGGGAGAAGCUUGAGACCGCAACUGAUGAAUAUUUGACAGCAGUCAACCGUGAUAUGGCUGAACUCUGCAAGUCUCCCAAGGCGUCUGCCCCCGCCUCGCCCCUGGCCAAGGUGAUUGGGACCCCGGGGGAGCAGAGGAGGGGAGGCAGUGGCAGCUCGCUGCAUGCGAUCAAUCCGUACCGUCGGCAUGUGCUGCUCGUCGACUCCAUCCGGCCGUCCGUUGCCCGCCGGCCCUGGCAGCACUCGGCGCGGCUCUGCUGCUCUGCCAUCGGUGGUGGCGGCAGCUAUUAUAACAACAGCAGCAGCACUGUUUCUACCCAUGCUGCAGCUGCAGCGAGGCUUUCAGGGAUUAUCAGCAGCAUCAGCACGGAGGGUGGUAGCACUGGCAGUCUGCUGUCCCACCUGCGCCGCCCUCCUAAGGUAGAUGAACACAUAUGUGAGCCCUGCGACCCUCCCUCUGGCGGCACUGCUGCUGCUACUUCUGCUGCUGCUGCGUCCACAGGGCUUUAUUUCUCCACCUCUCUCCAGUCGCCGUUCAGCUCCCGACCCUCCAGCGUGCCUGGCAGCCCCCGAACCGCAGGGUCAGCUUCGGCCAUGGCUGCUGCUGCAGCUGCAGCGGCUGGGGCGUCUGCUAGUGGCGGUGCUAGUCCCCAUUUUGGGCCUGCUACAGGAGUGGCAGCACCGGCAGCAGCAAGGGUAGCUUCAGCCAGUGGUUCUGGUGCUGCUGGGAUGAGGAGGCCGGUGUGGACGGAGGGCGGGUCGAGGAGGGCGGUGGCGCUGUCUCUGUCCCCCCCGGCAGCAGCACUCAUGCAGCGCCUGCAGCAGGCCGCUGGCGUGGGGCUCGUGCACCUGGCGCUGCCAUGCGACCAGGCAGGCUGUAUUCUCACUUGGUCAUCUGAGGUCAUGUCAGUGGCAGAGCCUAGUGAUUCCGCCACUCGCCUGCUCGCCCGCGCCAUUGACAGCAUCGGCUGUUCCCCCGGGCUUGGUUCUGUGAACGCAGCAGGUUCGACAAGCGCAAGACUGACAGCAGGUUCGGGAUCAGCAGGCCCGGUAGGCGUGAGUGCUUCGGGUAGCGGCGGUGGCAGUGCAAGAGGCAUCAGUGGAACCCCGAGCUCUUCUGGUGCUCCUGUCACUGCUGCUGCCGCUGCUGCUGCUGCUGCUACUGCUGGUGGCUCUGCUGCUGCUGCUGCCACUGGUGCUGCCGGUGGUGUGAGAGGUGCUGGUCCACCUGGUGCUGCUGGGGGAGCGGGUGGAGGAGCAGGAGGGGGAGGGAGAGGGGGCAGGGGAGCGGGGGAGAAGGCACCGGCGAGUCUGUGGGAGUUGGUGCAUGUGGCGAGUUGCUUUGUCGUGGAUGGGGUGCUUCAUCGCUUCAUGGGCUGCCACACCCAGAUCCUGCCGGGCGGCAUGGAGGUGAGCACGUAUCUCUUCAGCUGCACGGCUCCCGCCAUCCACCUCACAGAAGCUGACAUUCGCUGGAUGGCAUCUUCAUGGAGGGAUCGCAUCAUAGUGUGCACAGGCCAACAAGGCCCCCCCUCUGCUCUCAUAGACGCUUUUCUCGACACCGGAGCCAAGGCUGUCAUCGCUCCUCCUCCUGCCGGCUCCUCUUCAUUGCCUGGAUAUUUUGCUGCUGCGGCGGCGGCAGGUGGCAUGUCUCCCCGUGUUGACGCAGUUUAUCAAGGAGCGAUGGGUUCGGAUUUGGCGGCGGCAGCAGCGGGUGGGGAUUUGGGUAGGAUGGGGAAAAGGGAGGCCUGGUUGGAGGACGUGGAGGCUUGGAUUGGUCGGGAGGAUCGGGUGUUUGGUUUGGCUGUGGAGAAGGAGCAGGCAAGUGCUAAGGGCCAAUCCCUGGCAGCGGUGCUUGCUGCGCUGGCGCGCGGCGAUGCUGGAAUGUCAAGAAACUGCACCAGAAGCAUCGCCCAGCAAUCUGAUUCAGAUUCAAAGGCAAUGGCCGACUCUGCGAGCGGAUCUGCAAGCGCGCCGAGCUCAGACUUCUACACCGCUGCCGGAUUCAGAAAGUGGGUGGUGGAGAACAAGAUCAAGGCCGUUGGUUCUCUAUGGGCGUCAGCGGUGGGAGGAUCCAUUUUGUAUAACUUCCGCAAACCAGGGGAGAAGAUGAGCGUCAAGAUCAUUCAUGCUCGGCUACACGCUCAAGCAUUGACAUUGGCAGCAUUGCUGGCUGCUGGUGCUGUGGAAUACUACGAGCAUGCCUCAGGAGCAAAAGUGGAGAAAGUUGCUGAACAAACGAAAUUGCAUUGA